CUCCAGGCUCCCACUGCAGUGCCCCUUCAACUCUCCUCGCAGAACACUGCCGUCGCGAACUCAACUUCAUCGACAAUGUCACGUCAGAAACGUGGUAAGAAGGUACCUUCGCUCGAAGAAUUGAGUGCGUCGGACUUGAUGAAGAUGCGGUCUUCCAAGCUCGAGCAAAGGGACACUCGCCAACGCGCACGUGAGCUCAAGCAUAUUGAAGGGAUGAUCAGGGCAGCUGAGACUGCUGCGGUUCAAGCUGAGCGGCGUGACUGGAAUGCCGACGUCGCGAUCAAUCGUCUUCCUCCCGAAGUGCUCCGGGAGAUAUUCGUAACGACUUGCACCGUCAAGCUAGAUGAAUACAUAUAUAAAUACUAUGGAUGCGACGACUUCAUGACCGUAUGGGGCCCAACUUGGAUUGAAAAGGGCAGAGCAGUCAGUCUCAUGUUCGUCUGCCAUCAUUGGAAAGAGAUCGCCUUGGGGAUCCGGGAGCUCUGGAACGGCAUUGAAACAUAUUGGGGACAUAAAGAUCUCACCUUGCUGGAUAGGUCCGGCCAAGGCCCUCUCAAGGUGCUGGCUUGCCGCGAAUUCGAACCCCCUUAUGCUGUUGCUCCCGCUCUCCAAAUUGUGGCGCAUUCAUCCCGAAUCCAAGAGUUCUACUGGAUAACAUCCCAGAACCCAGAAUAUCUUCGAGAAUAUCUUCGAAUGCCAGCGCCCUCGCUGAGAUUUCUUGCGUUGCAAGGUGACUGGGGUGCUACGCCAGAUGGAUCACUCACACUCUUCGACAACCACACUCCGUGUCUGGAGCGCCUGUCACUUUCAUGUCACUGUUGGCUGCCCAGCAAUGCGUUCGCCAAACUCACAUUCUUGGUCCUCGACAGAUGCUUGUCAUCCAACGCUUACAUCAAAUUACGCAGCUUGCUUGGUGGAACACCGAACCUAGUCGAUCUCAUCCUGCGCGGUGUGAUUGACAGCAGCUACGAGCGAUACGUCGGAGCAGAAACCGAGCCUGCGCACAUGAAGCCUGUGUCGCUCGCUCGGUUGCGCCGGUUGCUGAUCGAGUGUAUGAGGGCCGGUGCCAUCGAUUAUGUCUUCCGGGACGCUCGCCUAAACGAAGACCUGUCCGUCUCGAUCAAAGAUAUGAUAAGGAGCGAUGGGCAGCGAUUUUUGGAAGUGGUAUCUGGUUGGUCCUUGAAUGCUAUGAAGCAACCCAAACAACUGCAUUUCCAGCCGCACGUCGCCAUCGUCGCUGGAGCCUCUUCUGGUCUUCGUUUUGAGGACUGGAACUGCACGACCCUCCAAGAUUGGACCGCAUUCAACUGGCCACAGGCCCUUUCCCUUUCCAGCAUCUCUCACCUGUGCACAUUUGACCGGUAUGCACGCAGGCCGCCCGGUCUUGAACGUGUCCGCAACCUUCUUAGGCAGAUGACUGCACUCGAGACACUGUCCGUCGACAUUGAGGUCCUGACGAAGAUCGUCGAUGCACUCACACUUUUCCGAGACCCAACCGACCCGCCUCUCUGUCGCGCACUGACGACGCUACGUAUCGCCAUCCGGAAAGAUAGUGAUUGUGACAUAAUCCUGGAUUCGAUCCUCCCGCGUCGUGCGCAGCUUGGCAUCAAGCACCUUUAUGUCGGGCUGAUCGAUCAUCAGAGUGAUUAUUGCUGGAGGCCUCGUCAAGCUGUGAAGGACCAACUGCAUGGCAAUUUCGAGUCGGUGAAUUUCGAGACGCUGGUGUGUGAUAAGGCAUACAACAUUACUUUGCCGCCGGUUUGUGUUGAGGAGGCGCAUGCUUUGUGGCCGUCCUGGCUUUAGGUGUUGUGUGGACGAGAGAUUGACGUGGAUUGCAGUGAGACCACAUGUAUGCUCAUGUCUGGGUUCUCGUCUCGGUUGCUCAUCGCUCAUCACCAUUUAUUCUGACGCUCACAGAGCGGGCAUGUAUUAGAGGAGAAAAAAGUAUAUUGUGCUACAGCAGAUGCCCACCUUUAUGACAUGCAUUCAGCCG